AUGGGCGAGUCGAGACAAGAACUUGUUGCAUGGCUCAACAGCCUCUUGCAACUCAACAUCACAAAGGUUGAGCAAUGCGGUACUGGUGCCGCCCUCUGCCAGGUUUUCGACAGUAUCUACAUGGACGUCCCCAUGUCCAAGGUCAAGUUCAACGUGAACUCUGAAUACCUGUACAUUCAAAAUUUCAAGGUCCUCCAGAACACAUUUGCCAAACACCAGAUCGACAAGCCGAUCCCCGUCCCUUCACUCAUAAAAUGCAAGAUGCAGGACAACCUCGAGUUCCUCCAAUGGACAAAGCGCUUCUGGGACCUCAACUUCCCCGAUCACGAGUACGAUGCCGUUUCCCGACGAAAGGGCGGCUCUAUGCCUCCCGGUGCUGCCGCUCCUAAACCUGUCUCUGCUGCUACUGGUGCCGCUCGCCGUGGAGGCAGCACCCCUAGCGGUGGACCCCGCGUAGCAAAGGCCGCUGGACCCGCCACCGCCGCCCUGCAGCAGGAGAACGCUACACUGAAGGAGACAGUGGUUGGUCUGGAGCGGGAGCGUGACUUUUACUUCAGCAAGCUCCGAGAUAUCGAGCUUCUCGUUCAAACGGCUGUCGACGAAGACCCCGAGCUGGAGAAGCUGGAGGAUGGCCUCGUCAAGCAGAUCCAAACAAUUUUGUACUCUACAGAGGAGGGCUUCGAGAUCCCUGCCGAGGGCGAGGUGGACGACCAGGAGACUUUCUAA